GAUCUCGGCUCCGAGCUUAAGGAGCUCGGCUCCGAGCCUAAGGAGCUCGGCUCCGAGCCUAAGAAGCUCGGCUCCGAGCCUAAGGAGCUGGCUACGAGCUUAAGCAGCUCGGUUCCGAGCUUAAGGAGCUCGGCUCCGAGCCUAAGGAGCUAUCUCCGAGCUAAAGGAACUAGCUCCGAGCUUAACGAGCUCGGCUCCGAGCCUAAUGAGCUGGCUCCGAGCCUAAGGAGCUCGGCUCCGAGCUUAAGGAGCUCGGCUCCGAGCUUAAGGAGCUGGCUCAGAGCUUAA